AACAAAAGCCAAUUUCGCGUGGCAUGCUCCACCAAGUAAUAUUCACACACUGCAGGUACGCCAAACUCGAACCGCCCUAAACGACGCCGCAUUCAAAUUUUCGCCACCGUUCGUGAUGGCGGAAACGCGCGAAUCCGCGUCGAAAGAAACCGUUCGCAAAGAAGAAGAAGAAGAAGCUGAGGACCAAAGCUUCGAAGAGCUCGGUCUGGACGCUCGUCUCCUUCGCGCCUUACUCAAGAAAGGGAUCGAGAAACCCACUCCAAUUCAGCGCGUCGCGAUUCCACUCAUUUUGGAAGGCAAGGACGUGGUUGCUCGAGCGAAAACAGGUUCGGGAAAGACCUUCGCGUACCUUCUCCCGUUGCUCCAGAAACUCUUCACUGCCAAUGCUGAUCGGAAGAAGCUCGCGCCAAAUGCUUUCGUUCUUGUUCCUUCUCGUGAACUGUGUCAACAGGUAUAUAAGGAAGUGCUGUCGCUCAUUGAGUUAUGCAGAGUUCAGCUGAAAGUUGUGCAGUUGAAUGGCAACAUGCUUGUUAAUGACUUGCGGGCAGCAUUGGCUGGACCCCCUGAUGUUUUGAUCUCCACUCCUGCUUGCAUUGCGAAGUGUUUGUCCAGUGACGUACUGAAGGCGGCAUCCAUUAACCAAUCGCUUGAAACUCUAGUUCUAGAUGAGGCAGAUCUUCUAUUAUCAUACGGCUAUGAAAGUGAUAUAAAAGCUUUUACACCACACGUUCCCAGAAGUUGCCAGUGUCUUCUUAUGUCUGCAACAUCAAGCGCGGAUGUUGACAAAUUAAAGAAGUUGAUUCUACACAACCCCUUUAUUUUGACUUUGCCUGAAGUUGGAAAUCAUAAGGAUGAAGUCAUUCCUAAAAAUGUUCAGCAAUUUUGGAUCUCAUGCCCUGCCAGUGAUAAGUUGCUUUACACCCUUGCUCUGCUGAAGUUGGAGUUGGUCCAAAAGAAAGUUCUGAUAUUCACUAAUACCAUUGACAUGAGUUUCAGACUGAAACUAUUCUUGGAAAAGUUUGGGAUCAGAUCUGCUGUUUUAAAUCCUGAGUUGCCUCAGAAUUCUCGUCUCCAUAUUCUUGAGGAAUUCAAUGCUGGCCUAUUUGAUUAUCUAAUUGCAACAGAUCUUAGCCAGUCAAAGGAAAAGGAUGAAGAGACCAAAGAAAGUAAUGUUGGAUCACGGAAGUCUAGAAAACAUGCUAAAAUAAAAUUAGAUUCUGAAUUUGGAGUUGUAAGGGGGAUUGACUUUAAAAAUGUAUACACGGUUAUAAACCUUGAAAUGCCUCAGAGUCUUGCGGGAUAUGUACAUCGAAUUGGCCGUACAGGAAGAGCAUACAGUUCUGGUGCUUCUGUCUCUCUGGUUUCUCCGGAUGAGAUGGAUACUUUAGAAGAAAUAAGAUCUUUUAUUGGAGAUGAUGAAAGCAAAGGAACAAAUUCUAUCGUGGAGUUUCCCCUCACCAAGAAUGCAGUUGAAUCUUUACGGUACAGGGCUGAGGAUGUCGGGAAGAGUGUAACUAAAGUUGCUGUCCGAGAGUCACGAGCGCAGGAUUUGAGGAAUGAAAUUUUGAACUCUGAAAAGUUGAAAGCCCACUUUGAAACUAAUCCAAGAGACCUAGAUCUACUGAAGCAUGACAAAGUAUUGAGCAAGAAUGCUCCUCCACCGCACCUACGUAAUGUGCCUGACUACCUAUUAGACAAAACAACGAAAGAGGCAAGGGAAAUGGUCAAGCUUGCAAGGGAUGCAAUGGGAAAUAAUAAUCGCCGCAGAGGAUCCAAGAGAAAAUUAAGAAAAGAUGGAGAUCCUCUAAAGGCUAUCGCUGCUGUGGGAUCAAGAAGACGGCACAAAGAUAGGAAGACUGGUGCAAGCAAUAGCAACAAUAGCGGUGCUAAACAUAAACGCAAAAAAAAUGAUAUUUGAUUGAUUUGCCCUUACAAAGCCUUAUAACAGGCUCAAUUUUGUUGUAAUUUAGUUCCAAAUGUCGUAAAUCAAAUUAGUAAAGUAUUGUAAUUGUUUUUCCCUUCAUAUCUUGUAGAACAAGAAGUUAUUAUUUCUCUUUCCAAAAUUAAAUUUUGCUCAUUGAAACUA